AUGGGUGCCCUGGCCCUGCAGCUGUGCGCUGUCUCCUGCCUGGUGGUUCACUGGGUUUCUGGCAGCCCCAUCUUGAGCUUGGAGCAGUCGCCUCUGGAAGAAGACAUGCCCCUCUUUGAUGAUGUCUUCUCAGAGCAAGACGGUGUCGACUUUAACACACUGCUACAGAGCAUGAAACACGAGUUCCUCAAGACGUUAAAUCUGUCUGACAUCCCGAUGCAGGAUUCAGCCAAGAUUGACCCACCAGAGUACAUGUUGGAACUCUACAACAAAUUUGCCACAGAUCGGACCUCCAUGCCUUCUGCCAACAUCAUUAGGAGUUUCAAGAAUGAAGAUCUGUUUUCCCAACCAGCUAGUUUUAAUGGGCUCCGAAAAUACCCUCUCUUCUUCAAUGUGUCCAUCCCGCACCAUGAAGAGGUCAUCAUGGCCGAACUCAGGUUGUACACCCUGGUGCAAAGAGAUCGCAUGAUAUAUGAUGGUGUGGACCGGAAAAUUACCAUUUUUGAAGUACUAGAGAGCAAAGGGGAAAAUGAGGGCGAACGAAGCAUGCUGGUCUUGGUGUCAGGGGAGAUCUAUGGAACCAACAGUGAGUGGGAGACUUUUGACGUCACCGAUGCCAUCAGACGCUGGCAAAAGUCAGGCUCAUCCCUCCACCAGCUGGAGGUCCACAUCGAGAGCAGGCAUGAUGAAAUGGAGGAUGCCGGCAGGGGACAACUGGAAAUAGACACCAGUGCCCGGAAUAAGCACGUCCCUUUGCUUGUCGUGUUUUCCGACGAUCAGAGCAGCGAGAAGGAACGGAAGGAGGAACUGAGUGAAAUGAUCGCCCACGAGCAACUCCCGGAGCUGGACCACCUGGGCCUGGAUGGCUAUUCCAGCGGACCCGGGGAAGAGGCUCUGCUGCAGAUGAGGUCCAACAUCAUCUACGACUCCACUGCCCGCAUCAGGAGGAACGCUAAGGGAAACUACUGCAAGAGGACCCCGCUCUACAUCGACUUCAAGGAGAUUGGCUGGGACUCUUGGAUCAUCGCCCCGCCUGGAUACGAAGCCUACGAAUGCCGUGGUGUUUGCAACUACCCCCUGGCAGAGCAUCUCACCCCCACAAAGCACGCGAUUAUCCAGGCCUUGGUCCACCUCAAGAAUUCCCAGAAGGCUUCCAAAGCCUGCUGUGUGCCCACCAAGCUGGAGCCCAUCUCCAUCCUCUAUCUAGACAAAGGCGUCGUCACUUACAAGUUUAAGUAUGAAGGCAUGGCCGUCUCUGAGUGUGGCUGUAGAUAG